ACUGUGCGGGCGCGGCUUCCCGGGUCCUUGGCAGCGGCCUUUACACCCGCGGCAGCGGCACCUACGCUCGCAGAGCCGCGGAUGCGCGUCCGGUGACCGGUUCAGCGAGGCCCGCGCGAGGCGGGGGCGGCGGCAGACACCUGGCUACCGUGACCCCAAUUUUGGAUUUACCGCUCGGGGGGUGGGGGGAGCUUGGAUUUAACUGGCGACUGUUUUGGGGGACGCAGGACGCCAUGUUGUGGAAAAUAACCGAUAAUGUCAAGUACGAAGAAGACUGCGAGGAUCGCCACGACGCGAGCAGCAAUGGGAACCCGCGCCUCCCCCACCUCUCCUCGGCCGGGCAGCAUCUGUACAGCCCCGCGCCGCCCCUCUCCCAUGCCGGAGUCGCCGAGUAUCAGCCACCACCCUACUUUCCACCUCCCUACCAGCAGCUGGCUUACUCGCAGUCAGCCGACCCCUACUCGCAUCUGGGAGAAGCGUACGCCGCUGCUAUCAACCCUUUGCACCAGCCAGCGCCCACCGGCAGCCAGCCGCAGGCCUGGCCGGGCCGCCAGAGCCAGGAGGGGGCUGGCCUGCCCUCGCACCACGGGCGCCCCGCCGGCCUGCUACCCCACCUCUCCGGGCUGGACGGCGGCGCCAUGAGCGCCCGCAGGGAUGGCUACCGCCGCUCGGACUUGCUGCUGCCCCACGCGCACAGCCUGGACGCCGCGGGCCUGGCGGAGAACCUGGGCCUCCACGACAUGGCGCACCAGAUGGAGGAGGUGCAGAUUGUCGACGAGCAGCACCUGCUUUUGCAUGAUCAGACUGUAAUUCGCAAAGGUCCUGUGGCCGUAACCAAGAACCCCUUGAAUCUCCCUUGUCAGAAGGAGUUGGUGGGGGCCGUGAUGAACCCCAGCGAGGUCUUCUGCUCAGUCCCUGGAAGACUGUCCCUCCUGAGCUCCACGUCUAAAUAUAAAGUGACAGUUGCUGAAGUCCAGAGGCGAUUGUCCCCGCCUGAGUGCUUAAAUGCCUCAUUACUAGGAGGUGUUCUCAGAAGAGCCAAAUCUAAAAAUGGGGGCCGGUCUCUGCGGGAGAAGUUGGACAAGAUUGGGCUGAAUCUUCCAGCCGGGAGACGGAAAGCUGCACAUGUAACCCUUCUGACGUCUUUAGUAGAAGGUGAGGCAAUUCAUUUGGCUCGGGACUUUGCGUAUGUCUGUGAAGCAGAGUUUCCAAGUAAACCGGUGGCUGAAUAUUUAACCAGACCUCAUCUCGGAGGACGGAAUGAGAUGGCAGCGCGGAAGAACAUGCUGCUGGCUGCACAGCAAGUGUGUAAAGAAUUCACGGAGCUUCUCAACCAGGACCGAACGCCCAACGGGAACAACCGGCCCGUCCCGGUCUUGGAGGCCAACAUCCAGAACUGCCUGUCUCACUUUAGCCUAAUUACCCACGGCUUUGGCAGCCCGGCCAUCUGUGCCGCCGUGUCUGCUAUGCAAAACUACAUCAAGGAAGCCCUGGUGGUCAUAGACAAGUCCUAUAUGAAUCCUGGAGACCAGAGUCCAGCCGAUUCGAGCAAAACCCUGGAGAAAAUGGAGAAGCACAGGAAAUGACAUGGCAUGAACACAGGGCCUAGUGAGUCUGGAAGGAAAAAGUCUCCCAAACCGCUCUCCACCCGGCCCGCACAGACAGCACCUCCUCUUGCCUGGGGGAGAGGUUGAGCUUGUUACCCACCUUCCCAUUAAAAAGGCCUCUGUCAAUUUCCGGAUCUUUACGCGCCCUCCUGGAGUCCUUAGAAUUUCUCUAGCGCUGAAGCUCUCCUUAACCCUGGACCAAGGUAUCAGAAGGUGACAAGUACUGAUUCCUUACUCCUUAAGCUUCUGUGUUACUUUUUUUGAACCCCCUUCCUUUCUCUGAAAAGUGGUGCUACAAGUUUUGGAACCUUUUAAAUACAUCCCCCGGGCUAACAAACCCACUUUUUUAGCUGGGAAAAUGUCAAGUUGAUUUCAGAUCAACAAUAACUUUCAGAUCAACAAUAAUGGCUGGCUUUCGUGGCCACUAAAUAUUUAUCUAAACAAAGGUAUUUAUCUAGCCUCUUCAGAUAUCAAAGCCUACACCCAGUAGGAGGCAGAGAUUCUAUCCGCUUAGCAACUAGUUAGGUGGUAUUUGACACAUUUUAUACCCCCUGUUCGAAGGGGGCCUUCGGGCUUUACAGAACUUGUAGAAACAAAGCCUGCUGAUGUGGUUUUUUGUUUUGUUUUGUUUUGUUUUUUAAAAUCUUUGAAAGUUAACUCUUCAAAUGGGAGACUCUUGAAAUGACCUGUUCUUUUAAGGUACUGAAGCUUUAUUUGCGUAUUUAUUUCACAUCUUGGUGUUGCGAGUAAACUUGAAAAGGGUAGGCACGAAGCAUUUUUUUUGCUGCCUGUUACCCCAUCCCGGAGGAGGCGCUGUUCUUUUGAGAAACGGUGCGUUGCGUGUACAGAUUUUAUUUAUGCAUAAUUUAAUCGGGUCUGUAAAUACGGGUGCACUUCUUACGACUUUUUGAAAAUUGGGAUUCCAUGUUAAUACCUUAAAGGUGAGGGGUCAUCUACGACACAUGUUUAGGUUUUAUUCAUAUGUACACAGGGUAUCGAGAAUUAAGAGGACCCUGGGAUCUGUUCUUGAUGCGAAAGAUUCUAUUUAAUUGAAGCUCUGUUCACAUAGCAAUAACUUUGUGUCUCAUUCCUGUUGGGCCAAACCCAAAGGUGAGUGCGUGGUACAGUGUGUGUGGGUGACAUGGAGUUUCGGAAUUGAACUCCAUGCCUGUAAAAUGUUCCCCAAGUAAUUGUUGUGUAUAUGACACCUGUAUAAUAAAAAGUAUUCUCGAU